CGCAUUCGGUGUCAGCGUGACGAGAGCGAGCGCACACGGGAAAUAAACAGAGUGCGGCGCGUGUAGUGGUGGCAAGAGCGCGCGUUUAACAACCAUGUCGUCGCCGACCAAGAAGGCCAGGGAGCUGGAGGACCCGGGCUCGGGCGAGGGGGACGCACGGGACUACGACAUCGAGAUACAGAAAACCCUCGAGGAGAUCGACGGUUGUCAGAAUCAAAUCGAUGGCCUGAACGAGAAGGCCAGCGACGAGAUCCUCGAGGUCGAGAAGAAGUAUAACAAGCUGCGCAAGCCCUACUUCCAGAAGCGUAACGACAUCAUCAAGAGGAUACCCAACUUUUGGGUCACCGCUUUCGUAAACAACAAAGAAAUAGCGGAAAUACUAGAAGAGGACGAGGAGGACGCACUGAGAUUUUUAAACAAAUUAGAAGUCGAGGAAUUCGAGGACAUCAAAUCUGGCUAUAGGAUUAAUUUUUACUUCGACGAGAACCCAUAUUUUGAAAAUGAUGUUUUAACUAAGGAAUUUCAUUUAGGAUCUUCUGGAGAUCCAGCAUCUCAAAGUACGCCUAUUCGUUGGAAAGAGGGUGCGGAUUUAACAAAGAGGACAAAGACCAAAGCACCGUUGAAAGGACGCAAGAGGCCACUCAAACACAGAUCAUUCUUCGAUUGGUUCACGGAUCAUGGGGAUCCAAGCUCAGAUGAGAUAGCCGAACUAAUUAAGGAUGACAUGUGGCCUAACCCAUUGCAGUAUUACUUGGCUCCAGAUAUAGAUGUCGAGAAUGGCAUUGAGGUUGACGGUGAAGAGUGUGAAAGCGAAGAAGAGGAGGAAGAGGAAGACGGAGCAGACGAUGGUGACGAAGGAGGAGAGGGGGAGGAAGGGGAUGACAGUAUAGUCGUAGUCGAGGAUGAUGUCGACGAGGAUGACGACGAGGAGGAGGCUGUGAAUGACGAGGAUGACGGUGUUAACGAAGAGGAUGAUCUGUUGGUAGACGACGAGUGCGUGGAUCGCGAAGAGGGGGAGGAACCCGAAUAGAGUCGCAAACCGAUUUCCGACUAACAUCAUACUUCACAAACACUAUAAAAGAGGAAAAAACAAUGGAUGACAUUAUGCACGGAAUAAAUCAGCAGAGAAAAUCUACUGGACUGAAGAUAUAUUAUGCCAUAUGAAUAAAUCUCAGGAGACACACUUUCCCUCGAUCGUACGAACGUAGAACAGAAUUUAGAGGAUCUAGACUCUUUCGAUUGAGAACCCGUGUAUAAAAAUGCAGCCAUUUGUUAAGAUAUAUUGAAAGUGGUUUGAAGGGAAGGGGUCUGGAUUAGAUUAGAUAGGUCUCACUCUCGCGCACUCUUGAAAUCAGUAAAUCAGAACGUAAGACGAAUUCCUCAGUUAUAUUCAUAUGGCCUAGUCGUUCUCUCUUAAUAAGAUACGUGACGGAAAGAUGGUCGCUCGGUUCUUAAUAUUGCGAAUUUUACCGAUAAAUUAGGGGGCGUAUAAAAUAGGAGGCGCUAGGUGAGGAGUUUCCAUUUAAUUGCUUUCACGUGAAAAUUUAUUCUUUAGAUGAAUAUGACUUCCAGAGAACGAGGUGUCUUAAAUAGAAUUUUUGAGAGUGGCAAUUUGUAUCUUCUACUGCUACGCACGAGGUACACGAACUUUUACACAAGUACUAUCUUAUUAUUAUUUUUAAAUAAAAGGAAUAAUAGAAUAAAGAUUUUAUCUUUUGCUACAAUCCAGCCAACUUACAGGUAGAAUCAAUGUAUAUGCUGCUAUACAACGUACUACUUUUCGAUAGUGUUGAACAUUUUGCGCUCAAGUCACAAUUGUUAUUAACUCACAAUUCAAUUUUAUAGCGCUGUGAAUCACAAUUUUAUCGCGCCUUUUUUAUUUUGACAAUUUUGCAUAAUUUUAUACUUUAUUAAUAUGUAUAAUGAAAUUAUUAUAUUGUCUGAUUUAUAAGUUACACUAAAAAUUUACCCUAUACUAUCGUACAUUAUGUGAUUUUGGCUAUAUAACAUUAUAUAAAAUGUCUCCAAUAAAUGAGGACACAGAAAUUGUAUUAUGUAUUGUCGUAAUACUUUUAUUUGCGGCUGCGUCAUGUAGAGUUGUAGUUUUAUUACCUUCAAUAAUUUAAUUUGGUUGCGAAGUGAGAGUGACAAGUCGCUCUCGAGUAACGGUAAAAUGUUGCUCACGCGAUCUAAUUGAAUACUCGUCAUAGUAUCAUACAUGAUUUCUGCUAAAGGUUCCGACGUACUUGUUCCAUUUUUCAUGAUAUAAGUUUGAAUAUAUAUUUUAUAUUUGUUGUGUAUGUCCGUCGCGAGUUUGUCACGCUAAAAAAAAAACAUCUUAAUCUCGGUUCACCUCGUUCGUCUCUUCUUUCACUAAGUGUCACAUGAAUUUACUCAUUAUCACGUAAAAUAAGUGUUUCGCGAACAUUUCUCACGUUUGAUACAUUACUAUUAAUAGUGAUUUCACUUUACGAGAUUAUAGCGUUGCAUGCGUGAACAAAGGUGAAGUCAGCAUGAAAAGCCUCAACGGUGCUCUUACAACUUGCAUAUUUGACGUCAAUAGCGGAAACUGCUUAAUCGAAUACGAAUUAUUCAUCGCACAUCCACAAAUCGAAUCAAUAAAUCGAAUCUCGUUACUCCGCAUUCAUCGGAGCCUAGGAAGAAACAAGUAAUUACAUCUCGAAUAGAAAGCGCUAACUAGCCGAUUUGAUAAGAUAAGCUGUAAUUGUUUAAUUUUAGAACUAAGUACAACAGCGAUAUUUUUUUAAUUAAGACUACGUGCUGUCUUAUUACUUGAUUACAAUUCUGUCAGUAUUCAUUAGAAUUAAUAUGUAUUACUGCUAGCAUAUAUGUGUGUGAGAAAAAAUAUUGUCAAAAUUAUAGAAAUAAUAAGACCAAUAAGAUUCGUAUUUUAUCAUUAGACAUUUCUGUGUUGUGUAUAUAUAUUCACUGGUACCUAUCGAUUCGAUUCGCUACUUUAUCUGAGAAAGGAUAGUUAUUUGACUCCUCCUAGGGAGCAGCGAAUUAUAACGAAUUUCUUCAUCGCCUUUUUCACGGGGAUCCUGUCCUGAAAACUAUUUGUAUUUGGCUAUGUGAGAACAGUUCUUCCAACGCAUAAAAGAUAAAUAAAAAUGUAUCAGCGAGGACGCGCGAGAAAGAGAGAGCAUCAAGUGUAAAUCUCCUUUAUGUCAGACGACGUGCUCGUAUUACGCAAUCCUGCAACAAAUCAACCGAAUAAAGUUGCCAGUUUGAGA